AUGUCUUCCACCGACAACACCUCCACCCUCAAAUCAGUCGUUGACACGGCUACAGGCUAUGUUCAGUCGGGUAUUGCCAGUUUUACUGGCAGCGCUGGCGAUACAGCCAAAGCAGAGGAGUACAAGAACAAAGGUGCUGCGGAGUCAGACCUUUCUCACGCCGCGGCAAAAGCUGGUCCCUUCACCAUCAGCUCCUCAGGUGCACCUGCCAAAGACAACGCCGACCGCACCCAGGGUCAAUGGGAUCAAACUAUUGGUAGUGCCAAGGAGACCGUUGGUGGCCUUCUAGGUAAUGAGAAUCUCAAGCAACAAGGCCGAGAGCAAAACCUCCAAGGUCAAGGUCAAGAGGCUAAGGGUCAACUCUCUGAUUUGGGUCAAGGAAUCAGUGAUCGUGUUGGCGGAGCGUUAGGAGGCGCCGUUGCUGGUCUUACUGGUGACCGUGAGGCUCAAGCCAAAUAUGCCGAUCAGCAUGACGAAGGAAAAACCAGACAACGUGGUGUUGAGUUGGACCUGGACAAGCAAGCAAAGGCUCAGGAAAAACCAACCUCAUAA